AUGUCUUCCCCGCUACGUAAAGUAGCCAUAGUCGGCGCUUCGGGUCGCAUUGGCGCAUUCAUCUUCAAAUCAUUACACCGAAGCAACAAGUUCGAUAUCACCGUCAUCAACAGAUUCGGCUCCAAGCCAGCUGAGUAUCCUGAACCGACCAAAGUUGUUCAAGUGCACGAUGAGUACCCACCACUCGAGAUGGUACAGGCCUUUCGUGGUCAUGAUGCUGUGGUACUGGCCUUGGGUUUCGCAGCAGAGGAGCAUCUCCAUGAGCUAGCUCGUGCUUCUGUUGAGGCUGGUGUCAAGAGAUUGAUCUCCUCGGGCUAUGGCGUUGACACGACCAAUGAAGAGGCUGUUAAGAUAUUUCCUGUUGCAGCUGCGAAAGCGCGUAUGGUUGAGCAUCUCAAGUUUCUCGAGCAGCCCGGUUGGUCUUGGACUGAAGUUGCUUGCGGAGCUUUCCUAGAUUUAUGCAUUCAAGUCGACUUUUUCGGUAUCAAGCCUGAGGCCAAGACAGCUGAGAUCCUGGAUGAUGGGAAUGCCAAGUUUACCGCCACUACCCGCGAUGGCGUCGGCCAAGUUGUCGUUGGCAUUCUCGGUCACCCAGAAGAAACAGCGAAUCGCAUCGUCUAUAUCUCGUCGACAGAGCUGUCUCUGAAUGACGUCCUGGAGGCCGAGCAAAAGCUCGUCGGUAAGGAAGGGUGGAAGAUCACGCAUGUCAAGACCGAUGAAGAGAUCGCCAAGGCACAGAAGAUCGUUGCAACAGCCACUGAAAUGAUGCCCAGAAUGAUGGCUACCGGAAGACUGGGUCUUGCAGUCAAUGUUCAGGACAGAUUUGAGGCGAAUUUCGAGAGACGGGGCAUCCUCGACAAUGACUUGUUGGGAGUACCGCAGGAGAGCAUCGAAGAGGUUGUCGCGCGAGUCAGGUACGGGCGCUAG